CGUCACAUAGGUUACGAAUGUACCGGGUCAUAAGUGCUUUUUGUGUUAUAGCACGAACGUGGUAGCGACUGUGCUGGUAACACAUGGGUAUUGUAACCAUAUAAACAAGAUUAUGCUUUUACGGUUCGUACGAUGCUCAUGCCGGCAUAUGCAAGGAUUGUUGAAGCUAAUCUAUCUCCGACAUUGUUUCUGUGACGUGUCACUGAACGCAAUAGAAUUUCUAUUCCUGAUUGGUGGAGCUGUCCAUUGGAGAGGGUCCUGAAAUACUGCGGCCGGUGCAGUUGAAUCCAGGGGAAAUAUUCCUCCAAAACGCAGAACUUUAUUUUACAACAUUAUAGAGAAUUAGGUUUGGUGCUAUUUCUUCAUUUAAGUCGCUUGUCGUUUCUAGAAAGGACGUGCUAUAAUCAAGUAGCGUUUUUGCUGUCUGAUAACGAACCCCGAAGUAGCCUACGGCCUGAAUGAAUGGCCGCCUCAGCAUUUCCAGCUGACAUUGUAGCCUAGCUUACUCUGGCAUGUGUCACACUAGUUCAUCUAUUAUGUAGCAUUUGGGCCUUAUCAAGGGACAAUGAGGCAAACCUGUUCUCUUUUUUCCACUGUCAAUAAUUAAGAUCGACGCAAGGUGAGGACAGCUUCAUCUUAAUUGCAUUCCGAUUUAGACAUUGGGUUUGCCCUGUGGAAUGAGACAGCAGAACGUAAGGUUGAGCGAAAGGGUCAAGGGUUUUUGAAGUAAGCAUUCCACCUGUGAUAACUAACACAGGUUUUUUAAUUUCAAAGUAUUAAAUACUCCUCAGAGGAUACAAUUUCCAAAAGGAUCACCAUAUCAAGUCUACAUAUUAACCACAAAUCAAUAUAUUCGGAUUGCACAGUUCGAAAUCUGAUGGAGUCCCUUGACAUGGCAUCUUAUUCAAUUAAAUCUAAUACUGAAUCCUCUAAUGGUGCAUGUUUUUAUGUUCCUGACCCUUUUAUGAAGUAAUGGAAGCAUAAGCAGGGACUCAUUAAUAGUGCCAAAUUGGUGAGUGCAAAAUCAGAUAACAUUUUACAUCUUUCUAGUCCCAUCUUCUAAAUUACCUCAGCAUUCGUUUAUACUUGUCUGUCUGCUUUUGCAUGCAGGUCUCUGUGUGUGUGUGUGUGUGUAUGUGUGUGUGUGUGUGUGAGUGCAUGUGUGUGUAUGUCUGUUCAUCUCUGAAAUAUAUACCCUUGGGCGAGUAUAGGUGUGAGUAAACGUGUGUACGUAAGCUGAGCAACUGUGUACAGUAUCAUACAUACAAGGAAAGGAAGCACCAUGGUUUAAGAAGGGGGAGGGGGGAUGGAGCAUGGCUGGAGCAUCUGCUGAGGGUGGUGUGAUACGGUGGCCUGCUGAGCACACACUGAGCUUGCGCGUUUCCUUUCCUCAGCUCUCUGCAUGUAAGCUCACCGAGGUGAGAGGUAAUCGCAGGUUUGCCGAAGGGCAAUUUAAGAUUUGCCGGCCCCAGACACACGCGGCACACUGACACUGACUGUCUCCCACGUUUAGCUCAGUUCCACUCUGAUGGAAAGGAUGCAGGCCCAGGAGCUGUUGCGCAGUCUGCGGCUGCCCGAGUUAGACGACCUCAGCCAGUUCUUCCGAUCGCUUCCUACCCCCACACUGGUGGGCCUGGGGGCACUGACAGCUGUGUUGGCCUAUUGGUUGGCCACCCGCCCACGCGCCAUCACUCCGCCAUGUGAUCUCCGGCAUCAAUCAGAGCAGUUGGAGGGCGGGACACAUAGAUCCAUGCUAGGAGAAAGUCCAAAACUGCUGACACACUACCAUGAAGAUGCCAAGACCAUGUAUGAGGUGUUCAGGAGAGGACUUCACAUAGCUGGUGAUGGACCCUGUUUAGGCUCACGUUUACCCAGCCAGCCCUAUAAGUGGCUGUCCUAUAAAGAGGUAAUAGCCAGAGCAGAGUAUCUGGGCUCUGGGCUUCUGGAGCAGGGCUGCAAGCCCGGCUCAGAACAGUUCAUUGGCGUGUUUGCGCAAAACAGGCCAGAGUGGAUCAUCUCUGAGCUGGCCUGCUAUACUUACUCCAUGGUAGUGGUGCCUCUGUAUGAUACCCUGGGCCCAGAUGCCAUUCGGUACAUCAUCAACAAAGCGGAGAUCUCCACGGUGAUCUGUGACAAGCCUGAAAAGGCAAAGGUGCUUUUGGGUAAUGUGGAGAGUCAGGAAACGCCAGGCCUGAAGAGGAUACUGCUCAUGGACCCGUUCGAGCCCCAGCUGGUGGUGAAGGGGGACCAAUGUGGUGUGCAGGUCCACGCCCUAACAGAUAUAGAGGCUCUGGGCAGAGAGCAUCACAGAAAACCAAUGCCACCAGUGCCAGAUGACCUGUCCAUUGUCUGCUUCACCAGUGGAACGACAGGAAAUCCCAAAGGAGUUAUGCUGACCCAUGGCAAUGUUGUAGCAGACUUCUCAGGCUUUCUCAAAGUUACUGAUAGAGUAAUCUUCCCCAACCAGGAUGACUGUCUUAUCUCCUUCCUGCCCCUUGCUCAUAUGUUUGAGAGGCUCAUUGAGUCCGUAGUGUUCUGUCAUGGAGGAAGGGUCGGGUUUUUCCAGGGUGACAUUCGUCUCCUGUCUGAGGACAUGAAGAUUCUGCAACCAACUGUCUUCCCAGUGGUGCCUCGUCUGCUCAACCGCAUGUACGACAAGAUUUUCAGCCAGGCCAACACUCCUUUGAAACGCUGGCUACUGAACUUUGCAGCUAAGAGAAAAGGAAGAGAAGUGAGCAGUGGCAUCAUUCGUAACGACAGCUUGUGGGAUAAGAUAUUCUUUCACAAGAUCCAGGCAAGCCUAGGCGGAAGAUUACGAAUGAUUAUAACAGGAGCAGCCCCUGUUUCCCCAACUGUGCUUGGGUUCCUCAGAGCAGCGCUGGGCUGCCAGGUGUACGAGGCGUAUGGUCAGACUGAAUGCACUGCAGGCUGCACCUUCACCACGCCAGGAGACUGGACUUCAGGUCACGUUGGUGCUCCUCUUCCCUGCAAUUACAUCAAACUGGUUGAUGUACCAGAGAAAAACUACUAUGCCUCCAGAGGAGAAGGAGAGGUGUGUGUGAAGGGUCCUAAUGUGUUCAAGGGCUACCUUAAAGACCCGCAGCGAACAGCAGAGACUCUGGAUGCAGACGACUGGCUCCACACCGGUGACAUUGGGAAGUGGUUACCUAAUGGCACACUGAAGAUUAUUGAUAGAAAGAAGCACAUUUUCAAGCUGGCCCAAGGGGAGUAUAUAUCGCCAGAAAAGAUUGAGAGUAUCUACAUUCGCAGUGACCCAGUGUCCCAGCUGUAUGUGCAUGGGGACAGCCUACAGGCCUGUCUGGUAGGAAUUGUCGUACCAGACCCAGAAGUGAUGCCAUCUUGGGCUCACAAAAAGGGCUUUGGUGGCAGUUAUGAUGACCUCUGUAGCAAUAUGGAUGUAAAGAAGGCCAUAAUGGAUGACAUGGUUAAACUUGGCAAAUCCAGUGGCCUACACUCUUUUGAGCAGGUUAAAGACAUCUAUAUUCAUAAUGACAUGUUCUCAAUCCAAAACGGUCUGCUCACACCCACACUGAAGGCAAAGCGACCAGAACUCAAGGAGUAUUUCAAGGAAAAGAUUGAACAACUCUACAGGAACAUCUCUAUGUAAUGACCUCCACCAAAUAAAAGCCCUGGUUUAUAGGACAUAUAGUAUCAUCGCUGUUCGUGAACCAUUUGCCCUUAACCCCCCUCAUCAAAACCACAAAAAAGAUGCUAUGCACCCACGAUGGGUUGUGUGUGGAGAGACAGCUGUGUUUAUGCCCUCUGGAAAAAAAAACUAACAUCAACCAACCCUCCAUCUCUCUUCACCCUGGACAUCAAAGUCCCUCAGAGGACCGGGGAGCCUCCCAAAAAAUCCUCCCCAUCUUGUAAGUUAGCUUGUUGAACUCUGGAUGUCUGUCAGCUAGUGGUGAAAAGGUAGUCAAUGGCCAGUGUGCCUUUUGGAAACAGCUGACUUACAACCAAAAUCGGAGCCCCCUUCAUGCAAACAGUGACAGCUGCAGCCUGGAUCCACCCUGCACCCUUCUUCACCUCUUUAUAUACCGUCAAACUCCAAACCUCAGCAAUGCAGCCAGGAACUGGUUCUCUAGGUCCUCGCUAGGCUCAGAGGGAUUGCCUGACAGUACGCAGCAUGAUCUGGCCUGGGGCCACUGCAUGCCAUGUUGCUGACACCGCUGGGGCUGUAGUCUUCGAUGAAACCCCUUGAAGAUACUAAUGCAAUCAGACACAAAACGUGGUGAGAUGGUUUAGCAAAGGCUUUCUUGUGAUGUACAAGCCCCCGAGAUCUCAGACGUUCAGCUUGCUGGGCAGAGUGCGUGCGCCAUGGACAUUGGGUUUUGUUGGAGUAAUGUAGACAAAUGUUUCUGGCUGUGGAAUGAUUUCAUUCCCAAACUAUUCCAGCUGUGAUGUACAUAUUGAGGACACAUAGAAGUAAGAUUAUUUAAACCAAUGACUGAAUGGAUUUUUGUGUGUAGUGAAAUGACGUGUAACCCUAUUUAACCUGCUGCUGACUGGGACCAUCAGCACCAUAUCUUUGCGAGUAACGACUACAGCAAUAGGAUGAGUGGAUGGAAAUGAGACAGACAAAUAAAAAAAAUAUGUUAUUGGA